GCCUGCGGGUAUACCAUGGCGGCUGCUGCUGCAGCUGCUGAAGUUGCGUCUAAACCUUCUUGCACACCUGGUUCUUCUGAGCCUGAGUCUGGCUGUCCUUCUGUUCCUGGUGUUCAACCUCCUGCACCGCUUCCUGCUGCUGUUCCUUCUACUUCUCUACAUGCCGGCGGUAAAGAUUGUACUUCAGAGAUGACUGGUCCUCCGUGUUCUAGUAGCGAUAGUGUACCUGAUGGUGCUCGUACUGAUGAUUGUGUGACAUCUUCUGAGAAGAAGAGUUGCCCUAACAAAGAUGGUGAAACUCAAGAGAAUUGCCGUAACGAUUCAGGUGAUGCCUGUACAGGAACACCAAAAGCACCUGCUUCUGAACAGCCUGUUAAGGGUCCUGGUGAAAUUGGUGGUCAAAAUCCGCAAGACCGUCACGAUGAAAAUAGUAUGCCUGGUGCUGACGGUCAUAGUGAUAGUGCUGCCGGUAAAAAUAGAGAAACUGCUUCUGCUGCGGGUACUGGUGGAGUUGCUGAUGGUCGUACUUCCACUUCUGAAACUUCUAUGCCUCCUGCUGUUCCUUCUCCUUCUACUGCAGGAAACACUACUGUUCCUUCAGAUAAUCCUCAACAUGCAAACAAUGAAGCAAGUGAAGGUGCACCAUCACCAACUACACCUUCUUCCAGCAGUUCAGCCACAGCAAGUGAUGGUGGUUCAAAUACUGCAUCAACUGAGAAUGAUAAUACAUCUUCAGGGAGUGAGUCAACAACGAAUACUGCCAAUACAACCAAUAAUGAGGAAUCAACUACUACCACCACCACAACAACAACAACACUUCCUCCUGAACUCACAAACAACAAGAAGGGUGAUGCAGACAGCAGCAGCAGUAUCAGCAGUUCUGUGUGGGUGCGUGUGCCCCUACUGAUUGUGGUUACACUGGCCUGUAUUCUUGUGUGCUGA